CAAAGUAUCUUUCUAUUCCCGGGUAAAAUCUAGUUGAACGCCAACCAUUUCAUCUCCACCACUUGUUUUUCCUCUCCCUCUCAGGUCUCUGCUUUUGCUGUGCCCCCAACAUCAUCAAUGGCGGUAGCCUCUUCCUCGCUUCCCUUCCUCAACUCCCAUUUCUCAUCAUCUACUCUUCAGUUUCCUCCUACUCCACAAUUCCCAAAAGCCCAAUCUUGGUUUCUUCUCCGCACCAGAACCAGAACCACCUCUUUGUCAAUUACUAGAGCUGUAAAAUCUGAUGUUAGCAAGGAGGACAUCGUCAUCGUGGGUGCUGGGAUUGCUGGCCUUGCCACUGCAGCGUCUCUCCAGAGGCUCGGAAUUCGAUCAAUGGUGCUGGAGCAGGCAGAAUCACUUAGAACUGGUGGAACCUCACUCACCCUUUUCAAAAAUGGUUGGAGGGUAUUGGACGUAAUCGGAGUUGGUAGUCAUCUCAGGAGCCAAUUUCUUGAAAUUCAAGGGAUGGUGGUGAAGUCGGAAGAUGGAAGGGAGCUUCGCUCCUUCAGGUUUAAAGAUGAAGAUGAAAGCCAAGAAGUUCGUGCAGUGGAGAGGAGAAUACUUCUGGAAACUCUUGCCAAUCAGUUGCCAACAGAAGCAGUCCAUUUCUCUUCAGGGCUGGAAAAGAUUGAGACAAGUGAAAAUGGAGAGACUCUUCUGAAACUGAAGGAUGGAAACCAGCUACUUGCGAAGAUUGUUAUUGGCUGUGAUGGCAUUCGAUCUCCAGUUGCGAAGUGGAUGGGAUUCUCCGAACCUAAAUAUGUAGGGCAUUGUGCAUUCCGCGGGCUAGGAGUUUAUUCCAAUGGGCAUCCAUUCGAACCAAGAGUGAAUUAUGUCUAUGGAAGGGGAUUACGUGCUGGAUAUGUUCCUGUUUCUCCAACAAAAGUGUACUGGUUUAUCUGCUUCAACAGCCCAUCUCCAGGUCCAAAAAUUACCAAUCCAUCUGAGUUGAGGAAGCAAGCUAAGGAACUUAUCAGGAACUGGCCUUCUGAGCUGCUGAACUUAAUAGAUCUAUCCCCAGAUGAAACAGUCAGUAAAACUCCCCUCGUAGAUCGUUGGCUGUGGCCAGCCAUAAGCCCUUCUGCUUCAACGGGAAGGAUUGUGCUGGUUGGAGAUGCAUGGCACCCAAUGACUCCCAAUCUGGGGCAAGGUGCUUGUUGUGCAUUGGAGGAUUCUGUAGUUCUAGCAAGAAAGCUUGCAAAUGCAAUCAACUCUGAACCUGCAUCUAUAGAAGAUGCUUUCAGGUCAUAUGGAAGUGAACGAUGGCCCCGUAUCUUCCCAUUAACCAUACGUGCAAAUCUCGUCGGAUCGCUUUUGCAGUGGGAGGACCCAAUUGUUUGUUCUGUUCGGAACAAUAUCAUUAUACCGAAACUAGUUAGGCUUGGACCAAUUAUGGAACAUACAAAUUUUGAUUGUGAAUCUCUAAUGAAGACAAAUUUCUGAAACUUUAGGGCAACGAUGAGAUGUCAAGGAUCCGAAUUGCUAGUGAAUGCGAAGCCGCUCUCCACGCUUUAAGUCAUUGUAUAGAGAUCUUGAUAAAUUUAUUAUUUCAGAAUUCUAACAGUGAUAGAAAUAUAAAUUGUAUUAUUAGCGUUACAUAAUUAACCUUUCUUUUGCUCUC